AAGUAGGGGGAUGAAUGUGUGCGGAGCAGCCACCACUGUCAUGGCGCCGCGCACCACUGUCAGAAUAGCGCCCACGGCCUUGAUGCCUCAAAAAAUAUUAUACCAGUAGCAGUAAAUUUCAAAAAAUUUCUUCUCGUUUUUUCAACCAAACAAAAGAAAAAGAAAGGAAAAAAAACCAAGUGUGAUUUGUGAUAAAGAUAGAAUUUUUUUUUUAACCGUGACUUUAUUAUGAUAAUCGCGGUUUUCUUGUUGACUUUUGUAAAACAUACAUCCCCAUUGGUGCGUGUGUGCUAUUUUUAAUCCAUUCGUGAAUGCUUCUUACAUUUUAUAUACGAGAAUAUGUGUGUCAAUUGUUUGAAAGUCUGAAUGUUAUGUCUCCUGUGAUACUAUCAGUUAACAAAGAAGUGAUGUAUACAGAAGGUUAGGCAAGUUGUGCCGCACGAGUUUGGGCGGAGGUUAGAAACUUGACUAUCGAUAUACUUGAGAGGCAGAUCCCUGACCACGAGGUGGAUUGCAAUUGUAAACCGGUGUGAGAACAAUAGACCAAAAUCGUGACCGAUGUGUGGUGAUUUUAAUGAUUUUAAUUUGAAGCCAAAAGAAGAGAGAAAAGUGUUAGGAUUUUUGGAUUGAAGAAGAAAGGAGGGGGAGUGAUAAAAUAGGUGUGAAGAAGAAUUGGGAUUUUAAGAUAAGCAGAUUUUCACAGAACGGACAAGAAGGAUCAACAAUGUCCUAGCGAAGGCAGUAUCCUGUCUGGGCAUUCCCCCUUAUCCUGCUCCAUUUCACCUACACCCGUUUCCGUACACGUAGCGACCGUCCAACCUAUAUCCAUACCCAACCAGCUGUACCCAUCCAAGUACUUUCCCUCAGCCUCUGCAACAGACACGAUUUGUGUUCUUGGGAAUAGUGUUCUCUGAAUCAUCUGAGAUUCCUCCAUUCAUCUGUGAGUCCAAAGUACUUAAUCUGGCAGGGUGAUCCUGACCCCACCCGACCAAGGAAGAACCACACCCCGGCAAGGAUUUUGGCAUCCGAAUUUAUCGGUCUUCUGGCAAUGCAAACGACACUUUGCGGUGGUUAGUUCGACUUUUCUCGCAGAAGUGGCGACGCGAGGGAAAAUCGUCGCCGCAGGCAGACGAGCCGGACAGCGGUAGUGGCAGCAGAGCGGCAAGGGUACUAUGGGAGCAGGGGAAUGGGGGGCGGAGGAGGGCUACAAGCCACGGACCUCCGGCGAAGGAUCGUGUCCCAACGUUCCAGAAGUCGAAAAAAUUCACGUCUCCUAGAAGAAGAUGCUCCAAACACAAAAAAUUCUGGAGAUUGUCUCGGUGACGAAUCACCCAUUAGGCAAAGUUCAGGACAGCCGACAUGUGUCGGAUUCAAAAGAAAAGACAUCGAGGAAGAAGGAAGGGAAAUUACGGAGGAGAACUUAAGACUGAGCGAUGUGGUAACGGCAGAAUUAAAAUCAAGACUCUCAGUCGGAAGUUUUGGAAAUUCAGAGGACAACUACAGUGAGGAUGGAAAUGGACGAACAGGGAACAACCAGAGGCGAAACCGUUUCCGGUGGUUUAUCAAAGACCUUUGGCGAAUCGUGGGAAUGGCAUCAAGGACUCUGUUCCUCGGUGUUGUGCUACUCGUUACGCCAGGUCUUUGUCAUCAGGACGCUCAACACAUAACGGCAAUUUUGGGUGAGAGUGUGGUCUUCAACUGUCAUGUAGAGUUCCCUGAGCAGCAUCCAGUGCCGUAUGUUCUCCAGUGGGAGAAGAAGGUAGGCGACACGGGGCAGGAGAUACCAAUUUACAUAUGGUACGAGUCGUAUCCAACUCAUAGUGGAGAAGGUUAUGAAGAUCGGGUCUCAAGGGUGAGUCCUAAAUCACCCUAUGGCGAUGCUAGUCUCAACCUGACCAACAUUCGAGAGACCGAUCAGGGCUGGUACGAGUGUAAGGUCGUCUUCCUCAAUAGGCCUCCCAAUACACACAAAAACGGAACGUGGUUUCAUCUCGAUGUCCACGCGCCACCUAGAUUUAGUAUUACACCGGAGGAGAUAAUCUAUGUAAAUCUGGGCGAUGCAAUAAUUCUCAACUGCCAAGCGGAAGGAACGCCGACACCGGAAAUCCUAUGGUAUAAAGACGCCAAUCCUGUUGAAAUAUCAACGACCAUCGGGAUCUUUAACGAUGGUACAGAAUUGCGGAUUUCUACCAUCAGGAAUGAAGAUAUCGGUGAUUACACGUGCAUUGCACGAAAUGGUGAGGGACAAAUUAGCCACACUGCACGAGUUAUCAUUGCAGGUGGUGCUGUUAUCAUGGUUCCACCUACAAAUCAAACAAAGCUCGAAGGAGAGAAGGUUCAGUUUUCUUGCGAAGCGAAAGCAUUACCAGGUAACGUGACAGUACGAUGGUAUCGAGAAGGUGCACUAGUGACAGAAGUUUCAGCACUGGACACAAGAGCUUCCGUUCGUAUGGAUGGGAGUUUGGUGAUAAAUCCAGUCAGCGCUGAAGAUUCUGGACAAUAUCUUUGCGAAGUUACUAACGGAAUUGGAGAACCUCAAACAGCCAGUGCUUAUUUAAAUGUCGAAUAUCCUGCUAAAGUUACGUUCACACCGACCGUCCAAUAUCUACCUUUUCGUUUGGGAGGCGUUGUGCAGUGUUAUGUUAAAGCAAAUCCCCCUGUACAGUAUGUGACUUGGACCAAGGACAAGAGAUUAUUGGAACCCUAUCAAACGAAAGAUAUUGUAGUGAUGAAUAACGGUUCCUUAUUGUUCACUAGAGUCAAUGAGAAUCAUCAGGGAAAAUACACUUGUACUCCAUACAAUGCUCAAGGAACGCACGGUAGUUCAGGACAAAUGGAGGUGUUGGUUAGAAAUCCUCCAGUAUUUACUGCCGAACCAGAAGCGACGUAUCAGAAAAAAGUCGGCGAAACCGUAGAAAUGCACUGUGAUGCUCAAGAAGGAGAGGGAACCCAAAAACCUUCUAUUACCUGGCAGAGAAAGGACGGUAUUGGAAUCCAACGAAAUCGAGCAAAGAUUGUCGGGGGUAAUCUAACUAUUGACAGUCUUCGUCGCCAAGACUUUGGGUAUUAUCAAUGCGUGGCUUCGAACGAAGUUGCAACUAUUACUGCUUCCACACAGCUUAUAAUUGAAGGAACCCAACCGCAUGCUCCGUUUAAUAUCACUGGAACCGCAACUCAAUUUUCGGUCAAGUUAUCGUGGUCUCCGGGAUACUCAGGAGGUCCAGAUUAUAAGCAAGAUUACACAGUCUGGUACAGAGAAGCGAAUACCGUUGAAUGGACCACAAUUCCAGUGACACCUUCAGGAAGCACUUCAAUGACGAUAGGCAAUUUAACGCCUGGUAGUGCCUACGAGUUUCAAGUAUUUGGAAAAAAUGCCCUAGGCGAAGGUGUUCACAGUAAUAUUUUUACCAUUAAAACAGAAGACAUUAUAGAUUAUAAUUCCCUCGUAUUUCCAACUGAUUCUUCAGGAAACAUCUUAUAUCCGCGAAUCAUGAGACCCAAAGGACCAAAACCGGGUCCACCAAGGAAUGUAACGGUCAGAGAGGAAGAGAAUGGCUUCAUUAUUUCGUGGCAGCAUCCGGCGGAGAAAACUCAUCUGGUGCAAUAUUACACAAUCAGAUACAGAACUGAUGGACCCUGGAAAGAUCUCAACAAAGCGCGAAUUCGAGCUGAAGAUACUUUUUAUUUAGUGAAGAAUUUGGUCGGAGGUAGAACUUAUCACUUUCAAGUCUUCGCCAAUUCUUCGACGAAUUAUGGAGCAAGUGAUGAGGUGAAAUUCCCAGUGCCGGCUCGAGUGAAGCAUAAAGCAAUAACCGCUGGUGUUGUGGGCGGUAUUCUCUUCUUCAUCGUUGCCAUCAUCCUCAGCAUAUGUGCGGUAAAAAUAUGCAAUAAACGGAAGCGACGAAAACAGGAAAAAGAACUGCUUUCAGCGUAUAAUAUGGUAGCCUGCCGGUCCACUGAUGCCCGGAAUGGUGCAGGGCAGGGACCCCAAGGAACAGUGCCUUUAAAAAAACCUAGAAAGAGCCGAGUACCAGGUCUAAGUUUCCUAAGGGAGAUCCUGAAUGCCGAUACGCCAGAUUCCUUCCGGGAUCGUCCCCUUGGUAAAAUUUCACGAGCAGCCGAUGGUCGCUUUGUCAUUGCUGACUCGGUGCUUAGUUCAGCCAACAACAGUAUUCUAGACGCCUCGAGCAGUGAUGACGGUGGAUUUUUACCAAAAACCAAAUUAAAAUCAUCCUGGAGGCGGCCACUCGUUGGCAUGAGUCAAUUGAGUCUUCGCUCCGAUGGAAGUGGUGUUUCCAUUGGCGUUGUUGCUCCAGGACAUCUUGGCAUUCCAUUAAUGAGGCAACCGACAAUUUGCACAAUAUCGUCGCCAAGAUUCCUGGCGAGUUCACCUAGUGGAGCGCAAAUCCCCUGGACGCCCGUCUAUCUCAGCGAUCUCAGCUCCGUUCGUCAACCAUCGUCUGGAGAUCGUUCUUUUCCAACACCUCCCGGUUAUAUUCAACUAAGAAACGUUCAUCAACGCUACAGUCAAGAAUUACCAUCGCUAAAAGCAAUACACGCCGAAUCGAGGAGAUUCGUACCUGUUCAACCAUUGGCUACUUCAUCACCACCACAAACGGCCGGUAGGCCAAGAGCACGACUUCCUCCAAGACACGCACGACACGCUAGAUCGGCACCUGAACUUGCAGCAUCACCCGAUCUUGAAACAUCACCAGAGAGCAGAUCCAGUAGUUCCGGAUUUGGCAGCAAGAAUACAUCACAACAAAAUCAAAGUUCCCGAAGCGGUAGCACCGUUGCAGAAUGGAGGCCUCCUCCCUAUAGACCGCCUCCACCACCGCUGGUUGGCAAAUGGCUGGAGCUUCAAAAUCAAGCUCCAAAAGUACCUCCACACACUCAUAUUCAGAAUGCAGUUGACGCCGGCAGUGUCGAUGGUCACUAUGAAUUUGAUCCCGUGUCUUGUACACCAACUCCAACAUCAGCCUCCACACCAACGCGAGAGGAACGUCCACCUGCCCAUCAAAUGCACACAAUUCACAUCCCACAAAUUCAUCAGGUUCACACUGUUCAUCAUCAGCCAGCUAGAUACUCACGGGACAACAUUGAAGCUCGUGUUCAAGCCAUGAAAGCCGAAUUCCACCAGUUUCGACAAAGGCAAGCCAGAAGAAAACAGAGCGUCCAUUUGGAAAGUGCUUGCUGAUAUGAUGUCGAAUUAUUAGUCCCGUUGCAAUGAAAUUAACGGCUUCUUAAACUGUUAACCUGAGUUUUCCCUAAUCGUUCUUAAUUGUGGGUGGGCGAGAAUGGAAGUCAACCGGAAUGGAUAAAGCACACGACAUCACUCAUUCAAAACUAGUAAAAACUAACUCUAAAAAAUGAUUUAGAUAAGAGCUUGCCAGAAUCAAUGAUGAUCUCAAUAAAAAAGAGGCGCUAAAAUCUAACGUAAUAGUAAGAGUAGGGUUUAGUACUUGAAGAUUAAUUGUGUAACUUCGUGUUUUCACAAUUACUGAUCAUAUCUUGUUCAGCGCAAUGUCUUAAAAACAAUUUUCGUAUGGAUUUUUUCCAAAUGAAAUUUGUUGACAAUUUUAGAAAUACUUAAAUACAAUUGUGAAAUAUUUUCGUGAGGCUUAGCGAAAAUAUUUCGUCAUUUGUGCGAAAUGAAAGGACGCUCCAAAGAAAACUGUAUAUCUUUAUAACAACAAAAGUCAUAAUAACCUAAUCGUAAACUAAGUAAUAAUAAUUUAACAAAAAAAAAAAAAGAGAAAAACACUCAAGUAAUUAAUGAUGAGCAAAUGGACUCUAAACGUGAUAUUAGGCCGAAGCUUGCCUCGAGAUUGCUUAAGGACUCACUCGUAUUGCACACUGCCUGUCUAGGGUUUCGCUAGUAACCCAACAUAUUAUUGGCACAAUAAUUUUUCUUAAGCAACGUAACGAGAAUAAGUAACGCUCUUUGAAUUAAAAAAAAUAAAAAUAAAAUAAUCAAGAAAUCCAACUCUCAAUGACGAGAAUGAACAUUAUCGUGACACUUUUGAGACUUCAAAGCAGCCUUGUAACGCGUCAUUUUCAGCGAAUUACGAAUUUUUACACACGAUCUUCACGUUUAUAGUUCGAGUCAAAUAUUAUCGUCAAAAGUUUAUAUAGUCCCGUUAAUGUUCCAUCUCGUUUUAAGUUCGAUUCUCUUGAUAUUUGUAUAAUCGAAACUAAGGAGAGAGGAAAGCAUUAAACAUAUGUCUCUUCAAGUUACACGAAACGUUCUCAAUAACCCACCUAAUUCCCACCAAACGCAUUGUAUCAAAUCAUCAUCGAGGUCAGUUGUCCAAUUUGAAGAAUUUUUGGGAUUUUACAAAAAAUUUCUAACUUUUCUAUUAAGCAGAAAAAUAUUGACAUACCUUUCUUUUUUCGUUUAUUUUUUGGAAAAUAAAAGAACCAAAUUGAAAAAAUUUCUUGUACUAAAUUAAUAAAAGUUUAAUUAAAGGGAGCAAUAAGUAACUAGCAAAUUACAAAGACUUGUAACACUAAAACGUGUGUGCUCCCUACGGUAAAAAUUAAAAGAGGAUCAUAAUUGCGCGGCGUCCCUCGGUGUGGCGUUGUCAAUCAAUCAUCACACGCAUGCGUUACUUUGUUCCCUAUAGCGUCAUUAAAAAGAAAAUUUUAGCGCGAAUCUUAGUUUAAGUUUAAUAUUCGAUAUUUUGUUUUAUAAAUAUAUGUAAAAUAUUUUUAUCCUUUUUUUACAAAGAUUAUUGAAACUGAUUUAAUACUCUUGUUUAUUUAUUAAACAAAUUAUAAUUACUUUUAAUUUAGUAAAUUAUUAUUUUUAUAAACUAAAUUAUUUUAUUUAUAUAAAUUAAAACUAUUUUAAUUAAUAUAAUAAUCAACUUUUUGUAAUAUUUUAAACAAUUUCUUUUUUGUAAGAUUUCAAAAAUUCUUAGACUCUAGGCCUCAAAAAUACAUUUUACUUUCUUUUUUUAUAGUACAAAAUAAUUAUUUAUAUAUAAAUAUACAUAAUAUAGUAAGUAAUUAGCAAAAAGACUCUACUCACGAUUCAACUAUACUUGGAGAAAUAAAAAAAAAAAAAUACGCGCUGUGGAUAAAGAACCUGUACAGUGAAGGAGUGUAACUUGUAUUAUUAUUAAUUCGAGGAGUAUGCGCAAUAAAUUGAACGAAUGAGAGAGUGAACGUUUUAGAAAACACUCGAAGAGCAAUUAUAAUGGACAGAUUAAAAAAAAAAAAUUGAAAGAUAACAGUGAUUUAAAAAAAAAACGGAGAUGACACAAAGAGUACCAAUAUUCUAAAGUAAUUCUAAUAAUUGAAUUAACAAUUUGAUAAUUAAUUGAUAUUGUACAUCGUAACGACGUAGCGUGUAGUGAAUUAAUCAACGAGACUACGAAAGGCCGGAGAUACGUUUUUAAUAUGAAAGACCGAGGGUACUCGGUCAUUGCUGUUGUAACAUAUUAAUUAUUAAUGCAUAGUUAAAGAUAAUGUGUACUGAAUGUUCAUUCGUUCGACCCUUUACGUGAAAUAAAAAGAGAAAACUUUUUUCCAAACUCUUUUUAUUUUUUUUUAUAUUCAAAAAAUAUAUAAAUUUUUUUCAAUACCCCAAAGAGAAAUUUAUCCAACUAUAUAAACAAAAAAAAUUAUAUUUAAAAUUUCAAGAAAGUAUAAAAAAAAAAAGACAAAUGUUAUUUUUUAUGAAAAAAUAUUUUACAAUAUCUACUAUUUUAAUCAAUGAAACAAAUCUUGUUAUUGUUAAUUGUUGUUGCUAUAUUGUGGAAACAUUAAAUUGCUAAUUAUUUAUUGAUAGUAUUUAAUUUUUUCGAUUUUAUUUGUAAUGUGAUUAUAAAUAUAUAUACAUAUAUGUAUUGUAAAGGGUCUGAACGACGUAACUGCGAUAGAAAAAAAAAUUGUCAGCAGGAAUGAAACGAGACACAAAUAGAGGUGUAUAUUACCGUAAUUGUUAUUUAAUUUUCAUUAAAAAAAAAAUUAAUUCUGUAGUAAAAACACAAUUUUACAAAAGCAAUCAAUUUUACAAAACUUUAUAUACAGAGUGAUUCUUCGACUGUAUUGAACGAGUAGAUAUGUGAUUAAAAACAGACAAUUAAAAAAAAAAAUUUUUUUUAAAUUUGCAAUAAUCUGUUUUUUAUCACAAAUCUACCAAAUUACAGCAAAAAGACGUAAAUUUAACAAUGGAAAUGAAAUCCUUAAAUAGAAAAAUGAAAUGUCAAAUGAAUUAAGCAGAAACGAUAUUGUUUGUAUAAAAAGAAAAUGUUUAAAAAAAAUAUUUGUGAAUAGGAAAAGAAAAUUAAAAAAAAACGAAAUUCACAAUUUUGUAUCCCCUACAUUUUCUGAAAUGUUUACUGAUUGUUAAAAAUUUGUUUUAAUUUAACAUAAUAAUGAAAAAUUGAAAAACAUAAAAAUCUGAUAUCAAAUGUAAGAAUUUUUUUCUAACAAUACAAAAUUCGUUUUCAAAAUGUAUUGUUAUAAAGAAAAAAAAAAAAAUGAAAUCGAAUGUUAAAAAAAUUAUAAUGUAUAUGAAAUAUAAUAAGUGACGCGUGGAUUUUAGAGGAUAAAUGAUAAAUUGAAGUAGGAAAUAGGAGAAAAAUGAGAGGAAAUAUUGUUAAAUAAAAUCACUCUGUGUAAAUAACUAUAGUUAAGAACAUUCUUGUAUAAGAAAAAAAAGCACUGAUAUAGCUUCUUUUGACUUAAAAAAAAACCCUUAUAGAGUUCAAUCAUGUAAAUAUUACAGAUGCAUUAAACGCUCAGGAAGUUCACGUCGUAUUAAAUAAAAAAUGAAAAAUAAUAAUAAAAUAAUAAAUAAUACUAUAUAUAAUGCACAAUUUUUUUAAAUUAAGUGAACGGCGUGUUGUGUGUGAAAAAUUUGUUUAAAAAAAAAAAACAUAUAUCGUGCGAAUUGUACAUUAAUUACUAAUCAGCACCAAAUUUUACGGUAAUUUACAUCGCUAAUAAAAGAAAAAAAAAAGCGUCGGCCGAGCGCCUCCGUCAGCCGCACGUCUUUAUAGAUAAUCGAUAAAGGGUGUAAGUAACGUGUAGAUAUAUCAUAGUUAGAUACAACGAUCUCAAAAAGAAAAAAAAAAUGACGUGGAUCGCUAAACCUUAUUGGUCGCUGAUAUUUAAAGCGUUAUACACACAAUUUGACACAAAAUAUAUUAUUAUAUAUAAAUAUAAUAUGCAUUGAGUAUCGCGUAAACAAGAACGGCUAUGGUUGAAUCGUGAAUCGGUUUUGACCAGUAUUUAAAAUAUUUUAUAUUUUUUUUGGCAAUUUUUAUUUAUUUAUUUAUUUUUUUUGGUUUUUUUUUUUAAUGUCAAAAAGCUAAACUUUUCACGACUUUUUAAUCGCUUUGAAACUGCUUUUUUUUGGUGAGGAUUACAAUAUGAUCCUCGGUACAAUUUUUCGUACAAUGAUUUUUCCCACCUAUACUUCCGUACCUGAAAGCCAUUUUGUGACGUUCUCCGAAAAAAAAGAAAGAAAAUGAAAAACAAAAAAAAAAAAAUAACUGUAUUAAAGUGCAUUAGCCGUUAUAAAAAGGGACUCAGUCAAAGUGAUUUUUUUUUUUUUUUUUUGACUGAGUGCCAUUGCAGACUGACUAUAUGUAUAUGGUUAUAAGAACACGGCGAGUUGUAAUUAUUACAGAGAGGCUUUAUUAUCGAACAAUGGAUUUUACAUUGUUGUAUUUAUUGAUUAUUAUUAUUAUUGUUAUUAAUUUUUUUUUUUUAAACGAACGUAAGAAAUCGUUUCGACCAAUCACGUAUCUCAUGGCUGACGGGUACAAAUAUUUCAGCAAUAGCUCUGUACCGUUUCUCACAUUUGUUUUGUAAAAUCAGUAUUAAUAUUAUAUUUUCACUAAAAACAUAAUAAUAAAUUUGAAAUCACAAAUAAAAUUUUGAAUAUUUUAUUUAUUUCUCUUAUUGAUUUUUAUAAUGUCUUCGCUUUUUUUCUUAUUUGCUUUGACAAAGGACUGAAAUCUAAUAAAAGAAGAAAAAAAAUGUGAUGAUUCGUUAUAGAGCUAAAUGCGAGGUUUAAGUGAUCGCGUUGAUAUUAUAUGCUUACGAUUAUGAUGAUAAUGAUUGUGGUUAUGAUUAUGAUUAGUUAUUUAAAAAAAAAAAAAAAUUGCACUCUCACGCAACCCUUAUGAGAAAUAUCGUUUCCGUCAUCGAUUUUUCUUACAAGACUCUUUUAAAAUUUUUUUAUUUAAUUUUAUCGAUUGGUUUUGUAUAUUUGCAAUUUUUAUAAAUAAUAUAUUAGAAAUAAUAUUCACAUGAAACAUUCUACACGCCGCUUUCUUGUCAGACUUGCGAUAUUUAAUGGCUUUCUCAUUUUUCAUUUCUUCGUCUAAAAAACUUUUUUUUUGUCAAAAAAAGAAUUUUUUUUUACAUUUAAGGCUCAAACUGCGAUUAAAAAAAAAUUGCUAUGAAAUUUUUUCUUGUUUUAUUCUCUUAUAUUAUAUAUCUCUCACAAAUCCGAUACAUUCUCUCGCGACUCCGAGAACUCCCAAGACAUACUAACUUAGAACAAAUUGUAGACAAUUUAUUAUUGAAUGAAAUGAAAAAUAAAGCGACAUUUGAAAAGAAAUAUCUAUGAAAUAAAUUA